UGUAAAGUGAAGGUGUGUGAAACCUGACCUUUAUCGUUCAAGUGUAUUAGUUUUCUGGUACCGCUUUUCGCAACAGCAGAAUUUACUCUGUAAAUCACCAGGUCUUACAGUUGCUAAUGACCACUACAUCAAUUUAAAACUACUAUUUCUCAUUUUUAUCAGAAUGGAGUUACAUCAUAGUCAAAACAAUUACGACGUUGAAAGCAACAAAUCACCAUGGUACGGUUCAAAGGCAAGUUGUACUAGUGGAAAUGACGAAAUGAUAUUCCAGUCUACCGAAGAAAUAUUAAAACAAUCAGAUCCUAAGAAUAAAGGACAUCUUUCUAGUCUCGAUGCGAAAACUGGGGGUGGCCAUGGUAUUUCAGUGGAACAUCCUACAUCGUAUUUGGAAACUCUCAUGCAUUUAUUAAAAGGAAACGUAGGAUCUGGUAUAUUUGCUAUGGGCGAUGCUAUAAAAAAUGCAGGCAUUGUUCUAGGUCCUAUAGUAGUUCUGAUUUUGGGCUUAAUAUGUCUUCACUGUCAACAUUUGUUGUUGAAUGCCGCCAAAACUCUCCAGACUAGACAUCAAAUUAAGCAAUCUCCUGAUUUUGCAGAAACUGUCGAAUUAUGUUUCGAAAAAGGACCAUCUAAACUGUCUCGUAUGUCGGUAUUUGCCAGGAAAACAGUAAAUGUGUUUUUGUGCAUUACACAACUUGGAUUCUGCUGUGUUUAUUUUGUUUUCAUAUCCGACAACAUGAAACAGGUUCUCAAUUAUAAUGGCUAUGAAGUAGAUGUCCAUUUACUCAUGGUUAUAAUUUUGGUACCAAUUUUAUUACCUUCGUUGGUACGAAAUUUGAAAUACCUCGCUCCGUUUUCCACAGUAGCCAACAUUUUAAUGAUAGUUGGAAUAGUCGUUGUUUUAUAUUAUUCAAUAUCUGAUGGUCUACCAGAUGUAACUGAGCGUAAUUAUAUUGCCAGCUUUGGAACGAUCCCAUUGUUUUUUGGAACUGCUGUUUUUGCUUUCGAAGGAAUAGGACUGGUACUUCCGCUUCAGAAUGAGAUGAAGAAGCCAAGCGACUUCGACAGAACGUUUGGAGUGCUGAAUGUUGGAAUGGUUAUUGUUACAGCAUUAUAUAUAACUGUUGGUUUUAUUGGAUACUUGAAAUUUGGAGAUGCGAUACAGGGUAGUAUCACUCUGAAUUUACCUCCAGAACAACCAUUAUAUCAAGCAGUUAAGAUAGUAAUAUCAGCUGGUAUACUUCUAACAUAUUGUCUUCAAUUUUACAUUGCUAUCGGUAUUAUGUGGCCGACAAUACAUGAACGACUAGGAGACAUCAGGCAUCCGGUUAUGGGAGAACUGGUAUUCAGAGCUGCAAUGGUUAUUGUGACAUUUAUUUUGGCAGAAGCAAUUCCUUUUCUCAAUCAUUUUAUAUCCCUGGUUGGAGCUAUCAGUAGUUCAGCUCUAUGCAUGGUGUUUCCCGCUAUUUUGGAUCUAGUAACAAAAUAUUCUCACGAAGAGCUUUCUUUUUUGGUUAUUUUCAAAAAUAGUUUUAUUUUAUUAAUAUCCAUAUUAGGAAUGGUCACAGGAAGUAUUGAGAGCUUCAAAGCAAUAGUAAAUGCAUUUCAAAAUAGUUAAUUAAUGUUUCUUUCUACAAUAUGACAAUGUACCUACAGCUUUAAUAAUUCAAUUCGACUACAAAAGAAACUUUAUACAAUGUUAAUUGCUUGCCAUUUAUUUUGACCAAUAAGGUAAAAUGAAUUUAAGCGAGCACUUAAAUUUUAAUUUAUCUUAGGACCAUGAAAUUACUGUGUACAUAAUAUAUUUAAGAACUUAAUGAAACUUUGGUGCGGUUGCAUCUGAAAUAGCUUAGUUAUAUCAGACAAGUGACAGAUACUCUUCCACAAAGUGGACGGUCUUCUUAAACAAAUCUAUCAGAUUUUUCAGGUGUCACAAAUUACACGAUAUUACUUCGCUUAAAACUUAAAUAUAUAUAUUCAGAACAUAAUAAUAAAUAAUGUGGUUUCUUCUUCACUUUAUAAGCUUCUUAAGUUCUUAAGUAACAGACCUUAAAAAAACGCGGAGCAAUUAUCAACUCAAAGGAUUGAAAAAAUAUUGAAAAGAUUCAAUAUAACCAUUGUUCUUGUCAAUAGCCCUAAGAUGAAAAUUUUCAUAGGAUGGCUACACGCUUAAUGUAAUUUGUGACACCACAAAAAAGUAGACCGUUCUUCUCUUUGUAGAAGAGUCCUUAGGAUGAAGUAAGAUAUUCUUUAAGGUAUUUAACGUAUUGCAAUAACAAUUAUAUAUCAAUAACAAGUAAAAAAGUCGUCACUCUCGGCGCGAGAGACCAUAGAGCAUUUUUUAAUAUUAGCAAUUAGUCAAUAUUAACAAAAAUCUUAAAUUAUAAAAAGAAGUUUCCAUGAAAAAUUUGACGUUUCGAGCUGUUGCGGUCUUUAUCAAAAUAUCACAAUUACUAAUAGCCAAUUCAUGAUAUUAAGACUACAAAGUGUGUUCUUCCCGAGGGCUCAUUUUCGAAUCGUUCUGCACAUCUCUUUGGGAGCGAAUUCUCAUUGGCUGCUUCCCAGCUGGUGCGCAAUAGCACACCUUGUAGUCUUUACAUCAUGUAGUCAAUUUACUUAUUUUUGAGAGAACAACUGAAAAUAUAAUACCUACAAUUAAAUGCAAAAAACAUUAUUCCUGUGAGAAGAUAUGGCUGCUACAGACAGACGGACAAAUCGUUAGUAAUAGUGCAUUUUUUUGUAUAUAAUGGGAAAAAAAACUGUGACAAACGAUAUUCUCUUAUGAAGUUAUGAAAAAUAAAAACUUUGCUACUAAAACAAAGGCCAUUAUUAAUUCGUUACUGUUUUCAUUGUGAACAUAACACAUCACUCAAAAGCCGUGUGACUAACUAAGAAAAACACGUUUUUGCCAAAAAUAUCGAUUUUAGUUAACAAUGUAAUCUCCUUCAAGAGCAAUACAAUCAUUCCAACGCUUCUAUAACUUCUCGAUGCCGUGCUUAUAGAAGUAUUUGCCUUUUGCAUCAAAAUAGGCUUCAGUUUCAUAAAUUGCUUCUUCAUUUGAGUCGAUUUUCUUAACGGUGAGCAUUUUUAUGAGAUCAGCGAAUAGCCAGUAAUCACAGGGGGCCAGAUCUGGACUAUACGGUAGAUGAGGAAGCAUUUCGAAGCUUAAUUCGUAUAACUUAACCAUCGUUGCCAUCGACUUGAGAAUCGGUGCAUUGUCUUGAAACAGUAGUUUUUUCUCCAAUAUAUGAGAUUGUUUUUCUUUGAUUUUUGCAUUCAAACGAUUCAACAACUCUAUGUGGUAUUCACUAUUGAUUGUCCUCCCUUUUGGAGCUCACUGUUGUGCAUUUGGACACUUUGAAUGAGGUUCACUGGUUGCAGUCCACUUUGAUUCAGGAGUGAAGUGAUGAAUCAAUGUUUCAUGCAUCGUCACAUUGCUCUUCUCGAUGUAGCGGAGUCCGGAUAACACUUUUGAAGCCAUUGCUGAGGCUGUACAGUAUUUUUUUCUCAUCAAGAAGCAAUGAUAAAUUGACACACGAAUUUUUUUUGAAUCCUUUGUUCUGAAAAUAACAAAAGUAGCUUCACUUAAAGGGCUGUCACUUUUUUCUGAGUAAUGAAUUUUUUUACAUAGUCUUGUGGAAUUUGUUACUUCAUAAACGUCAUUUGGAUUUGAAAACAGCGGAAGACAGCAGAUUGUUUUACUGAAACAUUUCACAUAGAUUUCUUCACUUGAUGUGUGUGCAUAUUUUAGAAGAUGGAAUUUUUAGAUCAGUACACAAAUAUUUCAUAAAUAUUUAUUGCCGUGGAUAUAAACAUACUACACAUACUUUUGAAACAAUACUGCCUCCGUCGAUCAUUCGUGUUUUUCUGUGUUUGGAAUCCAUUGAUUUUGCCUUUGCUUGCCAAUAUUAGUAGUAUUUUUAAAAUUUGUGAUAAAUUAUAGUUCUUGUUAAGACAAAUACGAUAGAUUUCGUCCACUACCGCUAACACUACUUCUAUUACAUACUGCAAAUAUGAGACAGCAUAUACUCAUUUUUAAUUGUACUUGUGCGUACAAUUGUAAUUGUACGCACGAAUUGUAUUUGUAGACAUUUUAUCUAAUCUUGUGUACAAAAUGAAGUUUUUCAAAUCAAAAUUACUCAAUAGAUACUUAAUUUGUUUUUAUGAAACCGAGAAAAAAUUUAAACCACACAGAAGUAGCAAAUUUUUUUUAUAUUUUUUAAUAAUUAAAUGAAUACCGCUUGCAAUAGUUCUCUAAUAAUAUAAGUCCAAUUAAUUAUUUCCAGUUUUCCAUUCAUUCCAUUUACAAACUUUUAUAUUUAGAUUUAAAAGAAUAUUUCACUUAUUUUUUCAAUCAUAUUCUUACUUUACACUCCAAAAAACUGUGAACGAUUUCAGAUGAAACUAUAGAACUUUUAAUUGUAUUUUGUAAGAUAUUUUAGAAAUAUUUAUUCAAUGUUAUUUUAUAUAUUUUAUGUUAUUUUGUUUAUUUUUUAGAGUCAUUCUUAUGAAAUUUCAUAAUAUUUAUUGUAACAAAUAUAGUCUAGGUAAAUUUGAACAGAAAUUAAGAAUUUACAGAACUACCAUAAGCCCAUAAACAUUAUGUCGCAAGAUAAAGAUACUUCCAUUAUGUCGUUACAUGAAGGAAUUUUGUACUAUAAUAUGAGUAUCCUCAUUUUUAAAUAUAUAAUCAACUAAACAAAAAAAGCCGAUUUCAAAUAUUUGAUGUUAAACAUAUCAGCGUAUAUGAAAUGUUUUGCUUAACCAACGACGAACAUUUCUUGAUUUAAAGAUAGAUACACCUUGUAAUUGACAAUACAUAUCCUGUCGCACAUUAGAAGGAAGAAAAUUAAUAAUUCUUUUUUGAAAAAGUUGAUUAAAACGAUCAUCUUUGAAUGAUCUUUAUUGACAAAAGGACCAAUCUCGAAAAAUAUUACACCAGGCAUUUACUUUUUGAGAAUAGGUACUAGUCUUAAAAAUUUAUUACUCAAUGGGGAUAAUCCCUCGUCCAGUACCUGAAGUUUUGAAAUAGUUUAACCCUAUUAUGUCCAAAUCUGAACCAAAACAUAUUUUUUUUGGAAAUGUUCAGCAUUUAAAAACCGCCAAUAUUAAGUUGAGAUGAUGUAUUGCGAAUGCUUAUUAAAGGAGUUGUGUAAUGUUCCGCUAAAAUAUAAAAUGCGAGUGUUUUAUCUCCGAGAUGUUAACCAAUAUGAUGGAUAUUAAUAUCAUCAUCAGCUCCAUCGCAUUUAUUGUAGCUGAUUUUCCUUGAGUAAUGGAGCCAUAUUGUGGGUAUCAUAAGUUAAAUGCUAUAGAUCUUUUUUCUCUAGUCACUGGUAUUUUGAUUCUGAGAUGGCAAAAUUAUGAAAACCUUAAAAUGAAAUUAAAAUGAUAAACAAUUGGAGUUUUCUCAUGAUAAUUAGUAUUUGGUACUGAAAUAAUAUUUUGAACAACUUUCUACAUUUCACUUUAUUAAUACUAAUUCUCAAUUGUUUCAACAAAGGAAAAUCCGGAGGUAACUUCAUCUUAAACGCGACACGGUGUUAUGGGUGAUCUGAAUAAAAACAUACAUAUUCCUUUGAAAUAGCUGAAUGUAUUUUCUUCCCAACUCAAUCGUCUGUUAGAAUAAAAAAAAUAUAGGAUGCAAUAAUUUGAAUUUAAAUUUGUGAUAAAAAGAUUUUGAAUGCGCUAUACCGACUUAAACUAGAAGUAUUAACUUAUGUGAUAACGUAGGUAAGGAAUAAAGAUGUAAAUAAAAUUAUUAUUUGCUGGUUGCUCUGUUGUCUUAUUAUUUCUAUAGGGUUAAAUAUAACAGUAUAGAGGUAGUCUUAGAAAAGUGUAAAGUUUUUUGCUUAAGUCCUCAAAAUAAGUAAAUAUUUUUUGUGGGGCUUUUCGCACAUCUGGUCACUGCAACUGGUAUGUUAUUUGCAGACAUAAAUUCAAUGAUUAUAGCUUCUCUAUAUAGCUUCUCUAUAUACCCUAAGAAGUUGCCAUCAGUGGUAAUCGGUUAAUAUAGUCCUCUAUUUUUUGUCAUUGAGGUUGUUUCCUUUGUGAAGAUGAUAAGUGAUUUUAUAAUUAUCUUCUAAUUAUAAAAUCAUCAGGAUAUCAUGUGGCUACUAAAAACGCCUCGUCUUUAUUAAUUUACAGGAUGAUUUGUGAAAUUGACAUUUUAAUUUAUAGUGCUCAUAUAGUUGAGCUAUAGUGUCUAUAUAGCUCAUUUGAUCAAGCAUUCCACUGAUAUUAUAUAAACUAAGAAAUUCUAGGAGACCGGCUUUCGAAAAAUCAAUUAGGAGUUCGUAUCGAAUAUUGCACCCUAUAAAAUAUAUUUUCUUGAAUCCAAUAAGUGAUUUUCAGUAAUUUUCAUAUACAAUAUAUACAAAUAUAGAACAACCACAUUAACGUAUUACAUAAUAAGGUAAAACAAUUUGAAAAAUUCUGUUUUCUGACUAAAAUGAUAAACUGUAUGGAAUUACAAUAAGGACAAACACAAAACAACCAAAUAAAUAUAGUUUAAAAAUUUUAGAAAAAGCAUGAUUUUAUAGCACAUCAAACUAAUAAGUUUUUUAAAAUAACUUCAAAAUAUAAAAGAAAGAAGAAUUAUAAUAUUAUUGUGGGAAAAAAAACGUUGGGUGCUCGAUGUGCAAAAAAUACAAAACGCUCCACGACUUUUACACAAUAAUACUGGUAUUUUUCAUUCAUUAAUGUUUUGAGCUUAUUCAAGCAAAAUUAUUUUCAACUUUUUGUUUAAUGUGCUUUGAAAGCGUAUUUUUUAGUUUUCUUAAACUAUAUUUAUUUUCAACUUUUCAGUUUCAUACGCUAUGGAAGCGUAUUUUCAGUUUUCUUGAACUAUUUUUAUUUCCCACUUUUUAGUUCGAUUUAUUGCAAAACGUAAAAUUUUUCUUUAUGCUAUUAGUACUGUAAAUCUCGAACAGAGGAUUGAUUCAUGGAUGUAAAAUUCUUCUUGUACAACAUAAUAAAAUAUAGUCUUAAAUUCUGAAGUAAUACUUAUGUAGGUAGUAUGGUAAAUUACCAACAUAGGGCAAACAGUUGUGAAAUUUGUUUUGAUGUAAAGAGAAAAUUUGCAGCAAUAAUUUCUGAAAAAAAUUUACGGAAAAAAACAUAUAUUUUCACAGCGUGAACGGGAUUUGAGCGUUUGUGCCUACGACCGGCAAUUCCGUUGGUUGACGCCUUAGCCCGCUCGGCUAAUGUGUUGGCAAUUGUGUUGGGAUAUACUACCAGUAAUAAGUCACAAAGAACUAAAAAAAUACAUUAAUUGCAACAAAAUGAAAAUAAUUUGAAGAGAUUCUCCAAAGAGAACCUAGUAUCCUCUACAUAUUGUAGUUGCUGAAUUGUUAGUUGCCGCAUUGAAUUACCGAUAUAUAAUUUAUAAGUAUAAUUCUAUCAAUUAAUAGUUGUCGUUUAUUAAUAAUCUCCGUGUUGCUGCAAUCGUCCCCAAAUAUGGUUAAAGGGUUUAUAAUCCGUAGAUCUUGAGGGUCAUUAAAUAGGACUUUCACGUCCUAUCUACCUGUUGCCAUAAACAUUAUUUACCAUUAAAAAGUGACGGGAUACCCUAUCAUAGUGAAAAUACAUCCCUCUGAUAACAAUGUUUGCGUUAGACAAGUUAGUCCAGUGCCGGAGGGGGCUUGGGGAGGCUAUAGCCCCGGGCCCCAUGUCCAAGAGGGCCCCGUCUGUAUUCUGUGUACAGAAAUCGAACACAUUUAUGGAUAUUAUUUUUUCUAUUUUUACGGGUAUCCGAUUUCUUAAAGGGGGCACCGUCAUUAUUCUAGCCCCGGGCCUUAUAAAUCUUAAUCCGGCCCUGAAAAAUUCCAAAUAAACGCGUUCUCUUAAAAGAUCAUCAAAAAGUGAGGAGCUACUAAUUGGUCAUUUAUAACCGAAAACCUUAACUGGGAACGACAUUCUCGAAUGGCAUGCGGAUUUUCUUCUGCCGAUAUCGAGGAUUGAUUGAAAUUAAAAAGUAAUUGAUUUAAGUAACAGUAAAAAAUUUAUACGUACAAACUAGAUCAUAUUAUAGGUACUCAUUUAAGUUAAAAUACUCGAAAUUUAUAAAAUCUCUCUAUAAAUUGAUGCCUUAUUAUGUGCUCCUCGACUAUGGUUGCUCUAUCUUUAAUGAGAUUAAAAAAUCAAAUGAGCUAUGUAUACACUAUAGACAAGUAUAAUUUAUGAUCAUUUUCACAAAUCUCUCUCUAAAUUAAUAUGGAAGGGGAGUUGACACUUUUUUGUAUCCUCAUAAUAUUUUGUGCAAAACUAAAUAUCUGAAUAAUACUUAUUUUUGAUUUUUGUAGCAGGAACUUAAAGGUGAUCACUAAAUCAUUACAACCCAACUAGAAAAGAAUCGUUUACAUAUAUUUUUUCUCAAUGGAAAAAUGUACCAAUAGUAGGUAUUAUUUCCAAUAUUUUUUAAUUAUGUUAUCUGCUCUCAUAUAAUUUCAAUUUAUUAUGAGCGAUGAGAGAUUUAAGAAUCUUAAAAAUAUUUUUUUUCUGUGCUUGUCUUCAGCAUACCCCGUGCUCUACUGAUACUUAAUUCAAGAACGGAAUUAUAGAGAGUUGAGAUACAUUUCAAAAUAUAGUUUUUUUCAAAAAUUUAUCAAUGUGAAUUGCUACAUUUCAACAUGAACUAAAAGAGUUUUGUCGAUUUUCUCUAAAAAAUCAAAAUAACUUCACUUAAUAUUAAGUCCAAAUAUAGAGGUGUUCUAUGAGAAAAAAGAAAAUGAAUGAAUAAUUGUGAUAUUCUUAGAACUUAUGAACAUCCUGUAAAUGAGAGAACUAUAUCUUAAAAUCUCGCCUCUUCAUGAAUCUGUUAUAAAAAAAUUUUUGUAUAACACCAUAUUUAUUAAUGUAUUAUUAGAUUCGUACACCCUAAUCGAAAAUAGAAUUUGAUCAUUUUGUUCUCAGAGCAAUUAUGCAAAUCUGUGUAUAUUUUACAAAAAUAUGCAAUCUAUCAAUGCUCAGAUGUGAUUUCAAAGUUCACUGUUUGAACAAUAUGUAAAUAUGUGCACAAUUUAGCAAAUUUUGAUAUGAAAGCACCAAAAUAUAAUGUAUAAUGAUUUUUAUUUCGAUGACUACAAUUUUUUUGUAAAAAUAAACUGGAGAACGAUGAAACAUUUGAAUAACCAAGGACUUAAUUAAAUGUUUAUUUUGUAGCUCUAGUUUAUAAUGUAAGUUACUUAAUUUCAUAAAUGGAACAACAUACUUAUAUAUUGGAUUAAUAGUCCACUUUUGAUGGGUUUAUAUGCUUUACCAUUUUUUGUUUGAUUUUUUUUUUAAUAAAACUUACUAUUGUAAGAAUCAGGAAAGAUA